AUGGUUUUAUCGAAACGGUGGAAGUUUCUUUGGAUGUUAGUGCCAAGACUUCGAUAUAACCGUGAUGAAUAUCAAGUUGGUGCAUGUGAAUCCAUGAGAUUCAGGCGGUUGAUUCACACUUCUUUGGUUUUGCACAAGGCUCUGGUCAUAGAAAUUUUGAAUAUCUCAAUUAGUCCAAUGAGUGAUGCUUAUGAAGAUAUUGAAGAGUGUGUUGGAACCGCUAUUGAACGUGGUGUGCGUGAGCUAUGUAUCCAUACCGAAACUUGUUCUACCGGGUCUCCAGUAGUAGUACUUCCAAGUAGCUUGUGUCCAAGUUCUUCUGCAAUGCUUGUGACUUUGUUGCGAGACAAUGUGGUUCUUAAAUAUUCGUUUUCAUUGGUUUCUUUCCCAUCCCUCAAAAAUCUGGCACUUCUUUCAUUGACGUACCCAAGCGACGAAUUUGUCCCCAUGCUUUUAUUUGGUUGUCCUGUUCUUGAAACUAUGAUGAUAGAACGAUACCGAGGUGAUAAUGUGGGCUUAUUCAUUGUUAGAGUUACCUCUUUAAAGAUGUUAAAAUUGGUUGAACAAUCUUACAUAAAUGCUGACAGGUUUCUAAUAGAUGCUCCUUCGUUGGAGCUCUUGGAGAUUAAUAAACACAAGGGUGGGUUUUGUCGCAUUGAGCAUAAUAUGCCUAAGAUUGAAGCUGCAAAUGUUUAUGUUACUUGUAGUCAUACACAGCAGAUUCUUUCGUCUCUUACUUCAGUCGAGCAACUUGGAUUAUGUUUAGCGACAUCGAAGAAUGUGUAUGCUGAAGGAAAAAUAUAUAGUCGACUUGUACGAUUGCAUCUAUGCACAUGUGAGCCAGAGUGGUUGAAUCUGCUAAUGCGUCUGCUCAGAGAUUCCCCUAAACUAAGAAUCCUCAUACUAGAACAAUCUCAGAUCCAUAGAGUUGAGACUGAUGUAUAUCCGCGACCAUGCUGGAAUGAACCGAGUCAUGUCCCGGGAUGCCUAUUGUCAAGUCUUGAAAUUUUUGAAUGGUCGGAAUACGAAGGGAAAGAAGAAGAGAUGGAAGUUGCAAGAUUCAUCUUAAGAAACUCUAGUUGUUUAAAGAUGGCAGCAUUCUACCCCAAAUCCACAAAUCAUGAAGAGAAACGUGAGAUGCUAAUGGACCUGUCAAUGUCACCAAGGCGUUCUUCAAUCUGCCAGCUUGAUUUCAAUCGUGGGACUAUUACAAAAAGGAACAUCUUUUAUGCUCACCGGUUAUUCCGACGUUUAGUACAAGCAUCCCAAAUCCCGUAG